AUGCGAGCAAGUCCCGCGGAGCCGAACAGAAGAGAUGCUGAGCGCCUCCGCAAUCGACCCCUCGAGCAGCUCAAUCUGAGUGACUUCAAGAUUAACACGCGGUACAACCAGGGUGAAGCCUUCCUCUUCGUCGACGCUGUUCGCGGUCGAGACGCUCGCCGCUGUCUCCCUGGCUGCACUCGGCCGGAGUGCUGUGGUGGAGUCUUCAGAGCCAUGGCUGAAGCUGGCGGUGGCGCCGAUCUCGCCCGUGGGCUGUGGGACUCCUCGCAAGACGCGGAUGUCGAUGAACGUUUACUCGAAUACCUUAUGGGUGAUCAGUAUGACCGCCAGAGCGUCACUGAAAUGGGUGCGGAGGAGAAGCAAGAGCUGCUUGUGCAGGCGAGAACGAAGCUCCUGGCUGAUAGAUAUGGCAAGCAUAGGCAUGCCUUCGAGCGGAGCAAAACACCGCCGGGUUACUGGAGGACCGACAUGCCGACGACGCAGGAGAUUGAAGAGGAUAGGCAGAAGGCGAAACAGUACGAGAGGGAAAGGGUGGAGAUGAUGUAUGCGGAAGCUCUGAGAGGUGAAGGUGCUUGGAUGUUCAGAGAUGAGUGA